AACUAGUCCACAUUCUUCUGAAUCCGCCUCGAGACGAUGCGUCUGUUAACUCAAACCAAAAGUGUCAGAUUUUUCCUAUCAGUAAACACAUGUCAAGAAACAGAGUUCUUUUUCCUAUUCGUUCUCACCUUCCCCUCCUCCUGGCGGCGUGAUUCUCGUUUUGGAUUCUCACAGUCAUACGGGGUUGUUGGGUUUAUGACUGUGACGAGAAGCCGUAUAAUUCGACUCAAUCAUUUAGAUGCAGUGGACUUGAAUACAACAUCAAUCAACCUCUCACUGUUUCUUUCGUAAAGGCAGAAGCUUGUUUUUUUAUCUUUUGUUGGUUGAUUGAGCUCUGUUGUUUGGUUUGCUUUCUAUAAUGGUAGUUUCGAUUGGUACGACUUUACCCUUUUUUCUUAAUCAUUGUUUCUUUGUCUUCGUGCUUUAAAGUUUUCAUUUUUUUUGGGGUGAUGUUCUAUGUUGUGGGUGAGGUUAUUGUAUGAAAAAAAAAAAAGACAUACUUUUAGAAUCUAACGAGUUUCAAUUAAUAUGUUCAAUCAUUGAUUCUAUUCUAUGGUGGGAUCUAUAGAUUCACCCUACUUGGCUUCUUGUGUUCCUCCUCUAAACGACACACACAAAGGAAAAAAAAAAAAAAAUCUCUAAUUUAAACUAUUUAUAACGUAAUACACACUAUAUAUAUAAUAAAACUGUUGAUGAUUUUUCUAAUUGUUAUCUCUUGUGAUGGGUUUUUUGUAUAACGCAGGAAGCUUUCCAUGGUGUGAUGUUGAGCUGAAUUUGGCUUCUUCUUGCUUCCAAAGAACAGUCAUAGAUUUCUUGAAUCUGUUUUUUCUCAGCAUCUUCUACUUGCUCUUGAUGGCUGGUUGUGUUUCCAAACAUUUUAUAGUCAGGCGUCGCAAGAAAGGAUGGGUCUUUGUGGUUGCUGCUAUAUGCUGUGUUAUUGCUAGCAUCGUUUUUCUUGGUGUUGGGUUAAACAGUCUGGUUCAUGGUGCUAGUGACGUCAAUGAUAUCUCCUGGGCUGCUUGCUUUGUUGAAGGGAUCAUUUGGGUCUCACUUGCGGUUUCGAUGCUUGUUAAUGGUUCCAAGUGGACUAGGAUUCUUGUAUCUGUUUGGUGGGUGUCUUUUGCUUUGUUGGAUUUAGCACUAAAGAGUGGGACGCUUUUGCAGGGGAAUGGUCUCCGAAUAUUCGACGUCAUUACCUCGCCCAUGAGUGUUUUGCUUCUCCUUUGCUCAUGGAUGAAUUUGAGAUCUUCUUCUACAGCAGCUCAAGACUGCUGUGAAACAGGACUCUCUGAUCCUCUAUUAACUGAAAAUCUUAGCAAAGAACCGGCAAGAUUAGCAACAGCUGGAUUUUUCAGCAUGUUGUCGUUCUCUUGGAUGAAUCCUUUACUCUCACUGGGAUUCAAAAGACCAUUAUCUCGAGAAGAUAUUCCAAGUGUAGUCCCGGAGGAUGAGGCUGAAUUAGCUUACAGUAAAUUUUCUCAAGCAUGGGAUACGCUUCUUGCAGAUGAAAGCUCAACUAAGGAAAGAAACUUGGUGUUUAGAGCCGUUGUAAAAGUUUACUUUAAAGAGAACAUAUUCAUAACAGUUUGUGCAUUUUUCAGAACAGUUGCGGUUGUAUCUCUUCCAUUAAUGCUAUACGUCUUUGUGGAUUAUGCAAACAGUGACCACAGGGAUCUCCGCAGUGGUUUCUUCAACUUAGCUUGUCUUGUUAUGCUGAAACUAGUUGAAUCCUUGUCAAUGAGACAUUGGUACUUUGCAUCGAGAAGAUCAGGAAUGAGGAUUAGAUCAGCGCUAAUGGUAGCUGCAUACAAAAAGCAGCUAAAGCUAUCAAGUUUGGGGAGGAAAAGGCAUUCAUCUGGGGAGAUUGUGAAUUAUAUCGCCGUGGAUGCAUAUCGUAUGGGAGAAUUCUUAUGGUGGUUCCACUCGGGAUGGAGCCUUACGCUGCAGCUUUUGCUUUCUACAGCUGUACUUUUUGGAGUGGUUGGCGCAGGAGCUUUUCCAGGUUUAAUUCUUCUUCUCUUGUGUGGUCUCCUUAAUCUGCCAUUCGCAAAGAUGCUACAGAACUGCCAGACCCAGUUCAUGAUGGCACAAGAUAAGCGAUUGAGGUCCACCUCAGAGAUUUUGAACAGCAUGAAAGUCAUUAAGCUGCAGUCAUGGGAAGAAGAGUUCAAGAAAAAGAUAGAAUCCUGUCGUGAUGAUGAAUUCAUAUGGUUGACUAAGGCUCAGCUGACAAAGGCCUUUGGUACUUUCCUCUAUUGGAUGUCUCCAACAAUAGUUUCUUCUGUUAUUUUCGUGGGAUGUGCUUUAUUGAAGAGCGCGCCACUGAAUGCAAGCACCAUUUUCACGGUUUUAGCUACACUUAGAGUUAUGUCAGAGCCUGUUAAAAUUAUACCUGAGGCCAUUUCUGCUAUCAUCCAAGUCAAUGUCUCUUUCGACAGAUUAAACAACUUCUUGCUUGAUGACGAGCUAAAGAUUGAUGAAGUUGAAAGAAGUGGUCUAGAGAAAUCUGGAACAACAGUUGACAUACAAGCAGGAAACUUCAGUUGGGAUCCAGAAACUAAGAUUCCAACUCUUCGAAACAUACAUUUAGAUAUUAAGCAUGGGCAAAGAGUUGCAGUUUGUGGUCCAGUUGGAGCAGGAAAAUCAUCACUGUUGCAUGCAGUACUUGGAGAAAUACCUAAAGUUUCUGGAACUGUAAAGGUCUCCGGGUCCAUUGCUUAUGUUUCUCAGACCUCAUGGAUCCAAAGUGGUACCAUCCGGGACAAUAUUCUCUAUGGGAAGCCCAUGGAACCUGGAAGAUACAAUGCGGCUAUAAAAGCAUGUGCGUUGGAUAAAGACAUGAACGGUUUUGGACAUGGUGACCUCACAGAAAUAGGACAAAGAGGGAUUAACUUAAGCGGAGGACAAAAGCAAAGGAUUCAGCUGUCCCGUGCUGUCUAUGCAGACGCUGAUGUUUACCUCCUUGAUGACCCUUUUAGUGCUGUGGAUGCUCAUACAGCUGGAAUUCUUUUUCAUGUAACCUUCUUCUCUGGUUUCACAAAUGCAGUCUUCAAAGCCCCGAUGCUUUUCUUCGAUUCUACUCCCGUUGGGCGCAUUCUCACUCGAGCUUCUUCUGAUUUGAACGUCUUGGACUUUGACAUCCCAUUUGCAUUCAUAUUUGUGGUAGCACCGGUUGUUGAGCUCGUUGCAGCUCUUAUCAUCAUGACAUAUGUGACAUGGCAAGUAAUUAUCAUAGCUCUUCUUGCUUUGGCAGCCACGAAAGUUGUUCAGGAUUACUAUUUAGCCUCUGCAAGGGAGCUGAUUAGAAUCAAUGGAACAACCAAAGCUCCAGUGAUGAAUUAUGCUGCAGAAGCCUCACUUGGAGUAGUGACGAUACGAGCUUUUGGAACGGUAGAGAGAUUCUUCAAAAACUACUUACACCUAGUUGAUGCAGAUGCCGUGCUAUUCUUUCUGUCCAAUGCAGCCAUGGAGUGGGUGAUUUUGAGGAUAGAGACUCUGCAGAAUGUGACCUUGUUCACAUGUGCGCUUCUGCUUAUACUUAUCCCCAAGGGCUACAUAGCUCCAGGCCUCGUUGGGCUUUCGCUCUCCUAUGCACUAACUCUGACGCAAACUCAGGUGUUUCUGACCCGAUGGUAUUGCACCUUAUCGAAUUCAAUCAUAUCAGUAGAGAGGAUAAAACAAUAUAUGAAUAUACCAGAAGAAGCUCCUGCAAUUGUGGAGGAUAGAAGACCACCUUCCUCAUGGCCUUCUAGUGGUACAAUUCACUUGCAGGAGCUUAAGAUAAGAUAUCGCCCAAAUGCUCCAUUAGUUCUCAAAGGAAUCUCUUGCACAUUCAGGGAAGGGACAAGAGUAGGAGUUGUUGGGAGAACAGGAAGUGGGAAGAGCACUUUAAUCAGUGCUUUGUUUCGUUUGGUAGAACCAGCAAGUGGUUGCAUAUUGAUUGAUGGCAUUGACAUAAGUAAGAUUGGCCUAAAGGACCUGAGAAUGAAACUCAGCAUCAUUCCUCAAGAACCAACUCUUUUCCGUGGCUGCAUAAGGACCAACCUUGAUCCUUUAGGUGUUUACUCCGACGAUGAAAUAUGGAAGGCUCUUGAGAAGUGUCAGCUUAAGACGACGAUUAGCAACCUGCCUAAUAAGCUUGAUUCUUCAGUGAGUGAUGAAGGAGAGAACUGGAGCGUGGGACAGAGACAAUUGUUUUGUCUCGGAAGAGUAUUGUUAAAGAGAAACAAAAUCUUGGUGUUAGAUGAAGCUACAGCUUCCAUUGAUUCAGCCACAGAUGCAAUCAUUCAGAGAAUCAUAAGAGAGGAGUUUGCAGAUUGCACGGUGAUAACAGUUGCACAUAGGGUACCAACGGUCAUAGACAGUGACAUGGUCAUGGUUCUCUCCUAUGGUGAGCUAGUGGAGUACAACGAGCCUUCAAGGCUAAUGGAGACUGAUUCUUACUUCUCCAAGCUUGUUGCUGAGUAUUGGGCUAGUUGCAGAGGAAACUCUUCUCAAAAUCUCCAAUCAUAGACCUCCAAAACGUUUCUUACCAUACUUUUUUUUUUUUAAUGAAAAGUUAAAUGAAUUAUCGAUCUUGACGUUGAUCAUAGUGCAUGUGUGUGUGAAUUCAUCAGGUUGUGUUUUAUAAGAGAAUCAACAAAGUGUUCUUCACUGAUUCCUUUCCUAAAGCUCCAUCAGGGAAGAUACUGAGGAAGGAUCUACGAGCACGACUAGCUAAUGGAUUGAUGAACUAAGUUUCAAAAUGAGCCAAAUGUAUACAUACUGUAUAUGCAUGUAAUAUUAUCAGAAAAAAAAAAAAGAAAUGGAAACGAAACUUCUUUUGUGAGUAAAGGAAAUAAACUAACAAGAUCAGAUAAUUUGCUCCAUGAUCUUCGUAUAUCAUGUAAUAGAUGGAGGUAUUGUAAUGGUUGUAUACUU